AUGGCAGAAGCAAGUGUUUCUCAGGAUCGGUUUAGUUGUUCAAUCUGUCUGGAUCUCCUGAAGGAUCCAGUGACUAUUCCCUGUGGACACAGUUACUGUAUGAGCUGUAUUACAGACUGCUGGGAUCAGGAUGAUCAGAAGAGAGUCUACAGCUGCCCUCAGUGCAGACAGACCUUCAGUCCAAGACCUCUAUUAUGUAAAAAGAGGCACAACCUGACUGAUGCCACUGGACGACUUCAGGAGCUGAUCUGCCCUCAACAUGAUAAACUUAUAGAGAUUUACUGCCAAACACAUAAAGGAAGGAAAUACCGGCAGAAAAUCAACGAGAAACAGAAGGAGCUUCAGAAUUUAAAAGCACUUGUGAAGUCUCAAAAGCGCUCUGCACAGACAUUAGUGGGGGACAUCUUUACUGAACUGAUCCGCUCCAUUGAGAGAAGCCGCUCUGAGGUGAUAAAGCUGAUCAGAGAUCAGGAAAAGACUGCAGUGAGUCGAGCUGAAGGACUCUUGAAGGAACUGGAGCAGGAGAUUGAUGAUCUGAGGAGGAGAGAUGAUGAGGUGGAGCAGCUUUCACACACAGAUGAUCACAUCCAUUUCCUCCAGAGUUUCCAGUCUCUCUGUGUUCCUCCUGGAUCUACAGCCUCACUCAGUAUCACUGUCGGUUCUUACCUCUCUUUUGAUGAUGUCGAAAAAUCUGUGUCUCAUCUGAAUGAGAAACUGGAGAAUUUCUGCAGAGAAGAGACAGAAAAGAUAUAUGAAAGGGGUAUAGUGUCCUUCAUUUACUCUUUAGAAUUUACUCUUUAAGUCCUACGAAUAUGAAAUAUUUCAGGUGCUAUUUUAAUUGACAAUAUUGUAGAAAAUGUAGAUUUUCUAGAGUAAAGCACACAUAGAUUAUUUCCAGCCAUGAAACCAAGCCCAUAGAGGAGUUCCUCCAAUGUAAAUUACUAUUAGCAUAUAUAACAAAUAUUAUAUAAUAAUAAAUAAUACACAUAUAAUACUUUUUAUUUAUUUAUAUAUUUGUCAGAUUUCCACGAGAUUACACUGGAUCAAAACACAGCG